CGCGUUGGUGCCUAUCGAAAAAGGUAAACGCGUAAUAUAAUUACAGCGGAUGUAUAUAUUGUCAUCAGUAAUUGCUGUAACACACCGACUAAUAGCUGCUGUGUCAAAGCAAUCACAAAGUAACAUUUGGCUGCCAGAGAAAUAAGUCAGAAAGAUACACCGGACAGAAAAUGAUUGAUAGCAAUUCCACAAGCAGUUUUGUGUUUACAACAACGCAUAUGAUGACAACUCAAACGCCGUACGUGAAGCCGUUCAACGAGAUCGGAGUUGUGGUAUCUGCCGUGAUAAUUCUUACACUCAUGGUUUUGGGUUUGAUCGGAAACAGCUUGACUAUAGCAGUUAUUCUAUCUUACCGAGCACUCAGCAGCAAUGUCUUUAUGAGGUUCAUUCUAUCUUUAUGCGUAUCUGAUCUAAUAUCUGCCCUGAUCAGCUGGAUAUUCUUAUAUAGACGAACAUGGGGCUUUGACGACUUUUACCCAAUACCUGGAGUAUUUUGCAAGUUUUAUUGGUCGGCGGAUAUCAUGACGUCUUAUGUUACUGCCCUACAUGUUCUGUCUUUCGCUAUCUUGAGAUACAUCUCCGUGAAAUUUCCGAUUUUCUACAACAAGAUCAGAAUUAAACAUGGAAAUAUUUGGAUUGGGUGUCUGUGGCUUGCAGGUUUUGCUGGAGGUUUUAUGCCGAGCAUGUUUAUCUUUGGAGCGAAGAAAAGAGACAGAACCACUCUUUCCCCCGACGCACGUUGGCCAGCAUGUACUAUCAACUUCCAUUACAUUGAAAUUUACAAAUUGUACCAGUCGAUAACUUUCCCGAUGUUUCUAUAUGUCCCAACUGUCGGUGUAGUUGUCGCGUGCUUUUUAAUCGGAUUUACAGUUAAGAGCAAAGCUCUAAUGGCCUCGACCGAUACAUCGCGGGCACGAAAGGAAAAACAAGCUGUUCUACAACUCACGCUUAUUGUGGUGUCUUUUCUAUUUGGCUACAUUCCAUUUACAGCCUAUGAGUUUUGGAGCGCCCAGACACAUCCCAACACUGAGUACUACAGGGUAAUCGACUACUGGUUCGGAAUGAUUGAGUAUAUGUAUCUGAGGUUUUCCGAGUGCAUGAACCCAGUGUUCUAUAAAUCUUGGUUCAGAAGAAGGUUCGCCGAUAUACGAUCGUGUGUUCACUUGCAAAAACUGGGAUUCGACAUCAUCAACAGAAGGAGUUACCGCAGGCGAACGUUCGACAACUACUGCUGGGGCAAAUUUGGGGGUUUAGUUCGAAAAACUAUGUUUCUGAAAAACUGUAAAAGUUUUGUAUAUAUCACUCGGUCGUUCAACAUAUACGUGGAUGAGAGAUAG